AUGAGCACUUAUGACCCUCCCAGAUUCAGACACCUGGCACUGGAGCAGCUGCUGAGAAAUUAUGCCAUAGAUUUCUCUGAUCUGAAGGACCUGCCUGAUAUGCUUUUCCCACUACUCCUCAAAGAGGCCUUCAAUGGCAGACACACAGAGAUAUUGAAAUCGAUAGUGGUAGCCUGGCCCUUUACCUGCCUCCCUGUGGGGUCACUGCUGAAAACUGACAAUGUGGAGAUGAUGCAAGCUGUGCUGGAUGGCAUAGAUAAACUGCUGACAGAGAAUGUUCGACUCAUGGAGAAACUUCAAGUGUUGGACCUGAAAAAUGUGCACCAGGAUUUCUGGGAUGUAUGGGCUGAAAGAGAGGAGGAAGUCUGCUCUGCAGAUACUUUGAGCAAGCAGCAAGUUCCAGAGAGCCUUCCUAGUUAUGCACUGAGGCAGCCUUUACAGGUGGUCACUGACCUGAACCUCUUCUUCUCUCUGAACAAAUACCAAAAAUGCUUGCUGCAGUGGGCCCAGAAGAACAAAGACUCUUUGCAGCUAAUCUGUCAGAAGAUGAAAAAUUUUGACUUGCCACCAGACAUUAUCAUAGAGGUCUUGAACAUUUUCCAGCCAAACUCUAUUGAGGAAUUGAAAAUACACACAAAGCAGGUCCUGUCCUUCCUAGAUUUCUUUGCACCUUUCCUUGGACAGAUGAGACAUCUUCUCAAAUUCAACCUAAAUCAAAUCCACUUUGAAUUUAGUGUUCUGGACCCAAUGACAGAUGUAAAGAAGUGUGCUGCCAAAUUCCUUUCUCGGUUCUCCAAACUCAACCAGCUCCAGCAUCUCCACAUGAAUGGUGUCUACUUUUCCUAUGACAACAUGAAAGAGUUGUUCAGAUGCCUGAAGAGCCCCUUGGAAUCCUUGUCAAUGACUUUCUGCCAUCUCUCAAAGUCAGACUUGCAACACAUGUCAGUGUGUCAGAGCCUCUAUCAACUGAAACACCUGCAUUUCAGUAAUGUCGUGUUUUCUAAGUCAUGUUUCAAGAGUCUCCAAAUUCUCCUAGAGAAUGUAUCUGGAAUUCUGCAGACCCUGCAGUUAGAGACCUGCAGGAUGAAGGACUCUCAGCUCAAAGUACUCUUGCCUGCCCUGAGUCAAUGUUGCCAGCUCACCAGAAUCAAUAUCUAUGGCAACAAAUUCUCCAGUUCUGCGUUGAAGAAACUUCUGCAAUGCUUGGCCAAUCUCAGAGAGUUGACUGUAGAGCCAGAGCCUGCCCUUCUAGAGUGACAAGAUCACCUGGGGUUUGUUGUGAUGAAGAGAUUUUCUGAACUGUGUCCUGAUUUCAUGGAUAUGCUCAUGGCCCAAAGGCAGCUCAAGAUAAUCAUCUUUGCUACAGCUCCCUGCCCUUGUUGUUGGCUGUGCUGCAUCUAUGACAUGAAGACUAGACUUUGCCUUUGUUGA